UCACAUGCGAGAGGCCCUUGGGGUCGACCUGGGCGUCAUGGGAUAAGGGAGUCUGGAUGGCCUGCGUGCCAUCCAUAAACAGAGCUCAUUCUUCGCAGCUGGCCAGAGGGGAAGAAACUCGACCUGAUUGCUCACGGGCUUCUUCUUUGCAUAGGCCCCCGGAGAGAGGGAACAGGAGCCUGUGUCCCCAAGCCACCAAAUCAAUAGGCAUUCCACCAUGCAUAACGAGGUCGUGUCUCUGAGCGAGGGGAAUAACAAAGGGGCAGGGGUCCGCGGGCUUUUUAUUGACAGUCGCGUGCUUCCUCAUCCCUCUGGGGGUCCGAGAAUACUAUGCAUUGCGGGUAUUGGAAUCCCUUCCUUCAGCCCUCUCCAGCCCAGCCGUGUCUCACAUCCCGUAGUGUCUCACAUCCCGGCGCGUCGUCUGUGUGUGCCCAGCAUUUCGCUGCGGUCCAGAUGAAUUGUGUGGUCGGAGCAUCGUCCCGGGCCGGCUCUCGGUCACUGCAGCCCAGGCACAAUACAAGUAUAGGUCUAUAUGUGCCCAGGGACGGACGCAUAUCGCUGCCCGGGAGGGAUGCCAAUGCAUGUCCGCCUCUGCAUACCUGGAUCUACUGCUACUAUACCACGCACAACACAAUGGGCCAGCAACUGACCACCUGCGCACAGCCCGCCGUGGGCACCUGCACCGCGCACCCGUACAGCCUCUACAGCCUCACCGCCUACAACAGCAUCGCCACGUCGCUCUGCGCGCCCGUCAACUCCAUCUCGUAUGCCGCCUACCCGGCCUAUGCGCCCGUCGGCGCCACCGCGUGCGGCGAGGGCUGCUGCGGCCCCUGCAAGGCCUACAUUGCGCAGCUGAGCACCACCGAGUUGAACCCCGGUACCACCGGCACCGUCGUCCUGUGCAACUUUUACGACUCUCAGCUGCCGGCCACGGCCACGACCUGCAGCGACGCCUUCCCCUACGACUACUUCUACGCCUACUACCGCGACGACGCCCAGGGCUGCUUCGCCUCGUCGACGGCCGCCGCCAGCCGCUUCUGCAGCUACGUCCUGGACCGGGCCACGUCCACCGUCGUCGUGUACACGGGUACCUCGACGGGCCCCGCGCAGACCUCGACCUUCACCUCGGUCGUCACCUCGGGCGUCUGCGAGCCCCAGAGCCGCAUCCAGGGUGCUGCCCAGGUGGCACAGCAGACCGGGUUCCCCAUCCUGGCCGAGAAUAAAGACAGCGCCGGUGCCGCAGACGCAGAUGUAGAAGCGGCAGCCCCUUUCCCUAAGACCACUGCGCCUCCGGUACCCCUGGAACAGCGUGCUGUCCCGCCCGCCCCGGCGCCGGCGUGCCUCGACACCGUGGCCUUCCCGCGCUGGAACUACCUCGAGGCCUGCAACUGCCUCCUCACCGACGCCACGGCCACGACGCAGAGAACGCUCGCCACGACGCCCGGCCCCGUCGUCACCACCGUCCGCUCGACCGUGACGACGACGGUGCAAAAGUCGGUGGUCGCCACCUUUAGGGCCGAGGUCGGCGUGCCCCGGAAUCAGCAGCAGCAGCAGCAACAACCGAAGAGGCGGUCGUUCCCGCUGGUCAGCCGCAAGGCGACCGACGCGGCCGGCAACGAGCGGCGCAUCUUCAUGUACCGCAAGGGCCACCAACAUGGCCACCAGGGCAACCAGCACCAGAGCCAGGACCACGAGUCCGACGACAAGCACGGCAAGGGCGUGUCGAUGCACGUCAACAGCCAGGGGAAGCUCUUCACCGUGUCGCGCCAGCUCAACUACCUCCGCCCGUUUGGCCAGGUUACGCUGGUCAAGCUGCAGGGCGGGCUGACGGUGCUCGGCCAGCUGGCCAAGGACACCCCCGCGGGGUCGGACGACGCGCUGUACGACUGCGUCGUGCCACAGACGGGCGGGAGCGUGCAGUGCCGGCUCGUGGACGGCACGCUGGCCGUGUUCUCCGAGGUCCAGAUCCCCGGCGGCACGCACAAGCACGCGCGGGCCAUUGCCGUGGGGAGGCGGGCGGUGAAAGGGGCCAGGGUCGUCUCGCUGAAUGUCGGCGCGACGGGCACCGUGCUUGUUGGAUGUGGUGGGGGCGGCCAGUAGUUCUUGUGUUUCGCAAUAACGAGUAUGUAUAUGGUUGGCCAUGCUCUCGAUAUCAGGCUUAUAAGGGGACAAGGUCGCGCCUUUCUGAUACUUGCGUGACACAGGGUCGGUGGACAUGUUCAGAUAAGGAACUCGUGAUCCCAUAGAGAAUCAGCCGCCGUUCCAGACGAGCUCACGGGACGACUCGUCAUGGAAAGAACCACUCCUGCCCGACGGCAUCGUCGCUGACCAUCCAGCUCAGCGGGUCGGCGUCGGUCAUGCCCGUGAACAGCCCGUCCGACAUCAUGAAAUCCCAGCCGGCGUCGCCCUCUGCCGCUCCUCCUCCUCCUCC